AUGACGCCUUCACGAGAUGAUGGGCCGCUGCAUACUCCCCAUUCCAGCAUAGAUUCCGGCCGUUCCAAUGCACUCCCCAAGCGCACAUCGUCGCCCGCACCGUCGAUAGCCUCCUCCAUAUCUAGCCUGCCCCACCGCCGCUCUACUGCCACCCUCUCCUCCGUCUUUGCCUCCACGUCGACCCUGCGACCCAACACUCCGGGAUCGGGCACUUCCACUCCGCAUGCUCCCAUAAUCGCUGGCUCUGUCUUCUCGCCGCCGCCACGCACCGGAACCGCGUCGCCAGUCCUCUCCACUGCCGGCAUUAGCGAUGAGGUCCGCGCCCUCAUCCUCCGCUCUUUCGUGCCGCACGUUGGCGUUGUCGCCUCGCCCGAUACUGAAGAGAUCUGUCGGGGCAAGGGGUUUGCGGGAGGCUUUCUGGAGUUAAUACGGCCGUAUGGCGACUACGUGCCAGGAAAAGUCACCAUCCGGGAUAGCAACGGUGCAAGCAAGAGUUGGGAUGAUUUCGGGGUUCGCUUUACUGGCCUCAAAGAUGGCCUGGGAGUCCGCCCGCGGCGCAGUACCGAGGCACGUCCAGGCAGCGCAAACGGCGACCCUCGAGGGGAGCCAUUUCCUUUCGUGAGAGUAGGGGGAGACGUUGGUCUCAUAGAGGAGGCUGUGGACCGGCACUUAUCUUUUGCAGAGCUGCAGAUGGGGAGCGCCGCGGACGAUUACUUCAAUUCUAACAGGUCGAGCGCCGACGCGCCCGGCUCCUCGUCGCCUUUUUACCGACUUUAUUUGCGCCGAUUGCUUUCUGGAUUACCCAUUUCCCCCCACGAGACUUUCUCCCACCCGGUGGCCUGCAUCAUAGCUAUCAGCUCCCGCUGCCCGAAUCCAAUUGAGCAGCUGCGUCAGUUGUACCAGAGCACAAACAACGGCGACCACAGAUUGCCACAGUGGGUUAAUAACGACUAUUUACGAUAUUACGUGCUUGUGCACGAUGAAGAUCAUGAUGACAUUGGCAAGUCUACAGCGCUGUAUGAGCAGAUGAAGCGGCAUUUUGGGUUGCAUUGCCAUCUGUUACGACUCAGGAGUACUCAGUGUGUAUCUUCCGAUGAUGAUGCCGUUCGACUCCCUAUAAGUGAUUGGCUUUCAGCUUCCGAAGAGCUGGCUGAAAUUCAGAAACGAGAAACCUCGGAAGAUGUGGAGGAUCCAACGCCGUGUCUGUUCGAGUCCGAUGCUACCGCAAUUCGCACUUUUGUCCGAGAGCUCGUCACACAAUCAAUCGUCCCCACGAUGGAAAGGUACGCCAUGCAGUGGAAUGAGCAGAUCGCGUCCAAGCGGAAAGGAAUCAGUGGCCGCUUCAUGUCUCUAUCUAAACGCUGGACCGGAUUUGGAUCAUCCUCGAGGAAUUCGGGCAUAUCGCUGCAAGGCGGAUCAGGCAGUAAUUACGACUCGCUUCAAGGCUUUUAUCGGCCUGAUGCACCAGAAGCUCUGAUGCGGAAGCUGGCUGAUUAUGCCUUCAUGCUCCGUGACUUUAGGCUGGCAGCCAGUACUUACGAGAUCCUUCGUUCUGAUUUCAACAACGACAAGGCCUGGAAGUACUAUGCAGGUGCGAACGAGAUGACAGUCAUAAGCACGUUGCUUGUGCCGCAGAGCAUGUCUACAAAGACCCGCAUUGAGAACAUCGACCAAAUGCUUGAGACCGCAAGCUAUUCCUAUCUCGCCCGCUGCGAAGCACCAUACAACGCACUGCGCGGCCUCGCCCUUAGCCUGGAACUCCUUAAGAUGCGCGGCCACUCUGCUUGCGAUGACGCUGCAAGAUGGGCUGCCCGCAUCAUCGAGACUCGCCUUGUCGGCGCAAUCGGGCAUGCUCUCUUCACUGAACGUAUCUCCGACUGCUACAGCAGCAUGCGGGGUGUGGGCAGUAUGAACUGGGGUAUGCGACGCCGCAAAGCCGGCCUCUGGGCCGUUCUGGCUGCGGAUGCAUGGAUGAAACUCGACAAGAGUGUUCAAGCUGAGAAGUGCCUCGAUGCCGCUGCGUCGCUUUACGGCCUGAACGACGACGUUGACGCAGAGGACGAGAAGGCAUCUCGCAAGACAGUCGAAUUCGAGAGCAUGCGCGGCUUCAUGGACGAGCUGCGCCAGGCCGUCGUGGCGAGCCGGCUCGCCUCACGCGUCGGGUUCGCUGCAGGCGAAGAAGGCGCGGAAGGCGCAGAGGGCGGCGAGGCAGCUCUUGGAACGUCGCAGGCAGGCGAAGCGGAGGGAGGAGGCGAAGAAGAGAUCGUUGAGGAGGUCAGCGAGACGCUGGGCCAGGAGAAGAGGCACCACCGCAAGAGCCUAAUCGGCGCCGUCGUGCCGCCGCUCGCAGGCGAAAAUGCGCUCUCGCCGAUGCGGACGCGUGACGACGCCGAUCCGAUGGCGUUCCUGUCGCCGGACCAGCAGCUAGACAAAGCAAAGGAUGCGGCGGCCGCGCAGGAGCAGAUGUUCGAAAAGGCGGAAAGCGGGCAAGGGGCGGCGGGAGAGAUGGCGCCGGUGAUCGAGGAGGAGGAGGCGGGCGAGAAGAGCGCCGAGUAG